AUCUUCUGGCGUUGAAGUUUAAUAUUCAUUGAAGUAGGGUAUGGUUUUAAUGAUGUACAUGUAGACCAGCAAUUCUUUGUUCUAACUAACUGAGUCGUUGUCUCCGGUCAAGGUAGCUUAUAUACAAGUAUCCUAAUGCUGCUGUGCCAGAUGAAGCCUCGCUGUGCAUACCUGUCAGCACUGUGAAUAUUGAUUAUUUGUGUUACCCACGUUAGUGAGGCCGCAGAUGCAGCCAAGCGAUUCUACCACACGAUCUCGCUGCAUGAAACAUACUGGCUCUUGUAACAAGAAGAGGAUGAGGGGAGUAGUGCUUGUGUUGGCUGUCUGUGCGUACAUGCCAAGGGGACAAUCAUGGACUGUCAAGUUGGACAUAUUAAUACAGAAUGGAGCGCCGCACUGCCCGGAAGAGCUCCAUUGCCAACAAAACAUCCCUUUGGGUGAUGAUAAAACGUUUCUGAACAUUUCUUGGACCAGGUUACCAGCAGGUAAUCUUUUCGCCAGAGCUAAAGCAGUUCGAUCUCUCAAGGGCGAUGUUUUGAUUGAGACUACUCCGGAGGCCUGUCGAGCUACCUACCUGGACCGCCAUUCUUCAAUAGUCCCUCAGUGUGGUAUCAUCUUCUAUAACUGCACUUACCUGCUGAAGACACGGUGUCCUGUCUAUAUAAGGGACAUGCAGAUGUACUCUGAUGCUAUCACUCAAUAUUUUCCCCAACUGAGUGUAUCAUUUAGUCUCGAUGAUGGUUUCCUAACCACCUUGCACUACCUACUGAGUAGAGAAAAAGCCAAGUCUUACAUCGUGAUUACAACCUCAAGUGAAGAUAUUGCGAAAAUAUCCAACAGGUUUCCAUCGUGUGUUAUAAAGACCGUUUCUUUCACUGUGGACAGACAUGGGAACUUUUCUACCAAAGAGAGCCUGAAGGAUAUGUUCAAUACAAUAGAGGAAGAGGAUCUUAAUUUCAUCGUUGUUUGUUCUUCUGAUUGUCUUUAUAAUAUCAUGGUUCAGGUCGUGUCGCUGAAGACUGAAAUCAGCAAGAGCACGGUAAUGAAGCGGUCUCGUUGGCUGUUGAUAUCGACUGAAGGAGGCGGCACCGAGCAGACCCUGCCGCCGAGUCUAGACCAUUCUGCCCAUGUGUCCAUCCUUCACUUUCACUCAUGCCAACAACAAUAUCCCACAUUUAAUGUUUGGAAGGUUACAGAACAGUUUUCGAAGAACGGUUCUCAACUUUCAAAGCCUGAGGCUGUGGAGCUGACGAAACGAGCUGUUCGGAGACAGAUAACAAGCCCUGCGCCGGCCGUGGCUGACAUCUACACCGUGAACGACAACCACAAUGGGCAACGUCUGCGUCUGAAUGGUCGUGUACUUCGGAAUAAAAGUGGAGGACUGUCGAAUGAAAUAUUCGAAAAUGACAAAAACGGUUUCAAUAACCGAAACUUCAGAGUUGGGAUAUUGCCGUGGCCUCCAUUCAUAUACAAGUCCAAAGACAAUCGUACAUUCACCGGCCUCAACGUGGACUUGCUGAAUGAACUUUCUCUUAAACUUAACUUCAGUUAUGUUUUCGUUGAGCCCCUCGACCAGGAGUGGGGCAGGAUAAUCGAUGGCAACUGGACAGGACUAAUCGCCGAUGUUGCCAACGGGAGAACCGACAUGGUUAUUGCACCCAUAACAAUAAGCGAUGUCCGCGAGACAGUGAUGGACUUCACGCAAGCCUAUUUCUAUGUCCACUCCAUGAUAAUCCUGGCCAAACAGGACCCGGAAGGAAACCAGUGGUUGACCCUUGUGGCGCCCUUCCGGUACGAGGUCCACAUCUGUAUCCUCUUCUCCCUCAUCUUUUCCUCGGUGUUUCUGUUCGUGGUGGAGGAAGUGCACCCGGUGAAUGUAUGGCUGGACAGGCGUCUGUCCGAACUCCGCAUACGUUUUGGGGACAUUCUAUGGUAUCAUUUCGGUGCUCUUAUGGCAAAUGGUGGCGCAUACCUCCCAAGAACCCAGUCUGGGCGGUCGGUGUUGGCGUGUUGGUGGUUGCUGACGGUCAUCCUGGCGGCAACCUACAGUGGAAACCUCAUAGCGUUCCUUACCGUAACUACGGAGAAACCCCCCUUCGAUACUCUCGGAGAGAUGGUGGAGCAGAAUGAGUACAAAUGGGGACUGCUCGGGGGAUCCGCGGCUAUAACACUGUUUCAGACGUCAAACAGAAGUGAUUUCAGAAGGAUAUGGCAAGGUGUCGAGGGAAACACGAAAAGUGAUCCGGACGUUCAGAGCCUUAAUUUAGAUGUGCACUUUCGCAAGGUGUUGACGGAGAAAUACGCCUACAUCGGAGACACUACGACGUGGGACUUGUGGCUGUCCAAAUCAUGUGACAUAGAUGGACUAGAUGAUCGAUUCUACCCCAUGACGUAUGGUAUUGGUUUUCCUAACAACAGUGUCGAUACCAAAGUGUUCACUGAACAACUCCUGCGGAUUCAAGAGAGUGGUCUUAUUCAGAUAUGGCAUCGGAAAUGGAAACCAACUCAUAGUUGUGCAAAAACCUCGACUGAGGCCAAGAGGGUCGGCCUGCUUGCGUUACAGAGUGCUUUCUAUGCUGCAGGGGUGGGCUUAUUUCUUGCCAUGGGAAUUCUCUGCAGUGAAGUUAUCAUCAAGAAGGCGUGUAAGGGAGACUCCUGCUCCUGUCCAAACUGUCGAGUGUCUCGUCCCAGUUGCUUGUGCAAGGAUUCGUGUUCCAACUGUUGCUCUCGGGAUGUGUUACGGUACUGUUGUCGAAAAACAGCAGAAUAAGAUCACAGGUGGGUAGGGGGGUGUUUGCUGACUGAAAAGCGAGGGACGUUACUGUCAGUGAUCAAGUAAACUACAUUCACGGUGGUGUGCUCUCUUUGGUGACAACAGACAUAUUUGAAGGCAGCCCAGAGACUAAUAUCGUCCAAACGCCUUUUUAUGGCAACUAAGUGGCGCAUCAUGCAUUUGUAGAUGUGCGAUGAAAAUGAUGUUAUAUGAAGUAAAAUGGAUAAAAAAUCUCUCCGAAUUCAUUUUGCAUUCUGUGGCAAAUGUGUAUUGAUGUGUGACGGAUUUGCGAAUGCGAAAAAGGUCACGUGAACCUGGACACAAAAAAAAUAUUUUCUACAAAUGCCACUCUGUGGUUUACAGACUCGAACUCGAAUAUUUUAAAUGAGGAUCAAAUCUUCGUGGUCUGCCUUGAGUUCACUCCACACACAGGAGAGACAGCUGACACCGCAGAUACAUCAAUCAGUUCCGAGGUAACAGACACAGAAAAGACAGCAGACCUUUCAAGACAACAGUCACUGCAGACAGAGCAGAGACGGACAGAGCAGACACUGUAAUCAAUGCUGACACAACAAUAACAGAGACACUGCACACAUAGCAGACACAAAGUAUGGAUAGCAUACUCAGCAAAGGGAGGGGCACUGCAGACAGCAGACAAAGGAAGCACAACAGAGACGACAGACACAAAAGACCGACGUUUCCUCUGUGUCACAUUAACAUCGUGACACGGGACAAGAUGCAACUCAUUUCCAACAGUCCUGGGACAACUGUGUUGGCAGUGAAUGAUUCACUCAUCACACAUCAUGAGGUUUUUGUGUUGAUAAGGUAAUAUCGAUCCUCGCUGGCAGGUGAACGCUUGUGCAUAGUACUGUUUGCCGGUAUUGUUCGUCAACAUUCACAAUUCAUGAUAUAAAUACAGCCCUCGCAUGACAACCGAAGGACAUCAAUUAAUUAUGCAUGAUAGGUGAAUGUUUUUACUGUUUUUUUGUUGUACUGUUGUCUUUUUUCAGUUAAGGUUUCAGAUUGGAUUAUACGCAUGGCGGGUUAAAUCAAUCAUUGUCACAUUCAGUCCUGUUCGGUUCUGAAAAAAACGAUGCCUGCAUUCCACCUAGGCCUGUUUGUUUUCGCGUGACUUAGUUAAUCUGUCAUAUCUGAUAGGUAUUGCAACACACAGCCUUCCAAUUGUGGGUGUUUUUAUUUGUUUGUUUGUUUAUUUGUUGUUAAACGCCGCACUCAGCAAUAUUCCAGCUAUAUGACGGUGGUCUGUAAGUAAUCGAGUCUGGACCAGACAAUCCAGUGAUUGACAUGAGCAUCGAUCCACUUGUGUUGUAUAUGAAUAAUUACCAGGAGUGAACUAGCAAUUCCACUCGACUGACAUACAGUCUAUAAUUUAUUUUAUUACACAAUACAAUUUUCUCCUCCCAAUUUUUUUCCUGAUGCUGAUUCCAAAAAAGCUGGUUGGACUUGCUCUUUUAUUAUCAAGAUAUUUGGUUUUGGUUUUAUAAAAUACCUAUAUUCCACAGCCAUGGUGCAGGACUCUACGAGUGAGUGUAGCCACUGAUGUUUAGUUAAUUCAACGGGUACAUCUCUGACAAGGAUUAUUUUUCCAACCUACAAUGACUAUGCUUGUCGUAAAAGGGCGAAUGACGGGAUCGGGUGGUCAGGCUCGCAGGCUUGGUUGAUGCAUGUCAUCGUUCCCAAUUGCGUGGAUCGAUGCUCAUGAUAUCAAUCACUGGAUUGUCUGGUCCAGAUUCGAUUAUUUACAGACCGCCGUCAUAUAGCUGGAAUAUUGCGGCGUUAAACAACCAACCAACCAAUCAACCAAUCCUAUAGAAAACAAACUGUUUUGAAAUAACUUCCAAACAUUGAAAUGUCAACAGAUUUCCAGGGCUACCGACCAUGUGAGGCGUGUGACUUGCCAGCUGUUGCAGAUGAGUUUCAUUACGCAUUCAAAUGCAAUACAGUCUGUCAAGGUUGUCAUGUGUCAGAAAAUUAUAUUCCAUGGCCGAAUAACUAUAAAUAUAGACGCCUGCUAUAUUUUAACAGCUUAAAGGAAUUGAAGCACCUGGCAUAUUU